AUGGAUGCUGCUAUGUCAACAACCAAUAGAAGGCCUCUUUCUCAAGCAGAAGGGGCGUCCACUAUUAACCACAGCAUUCCACUACCUGCCCAGAGCUCUCGGACUAGAACCUUAGAACAAAGAGCUUUCAUAGACGUCAGGGAGACUCCAUCGCAGGGCUAUCCACCUCAUUCGAAUUCGUUCCACACUAUGUCUAUGGUAGCUUCUCCUUACUAUGACGGCAGCCUAAGACAACCUUAUGUGGAGCCUUCUACCCGGACCGGCUCUAUGACCAGCACUGCUUCCAGAUUGUUCCGAAGAGGGCACAAAACUUCAAAAUUUGACGUCGAAACGGAGAAGGAAGGUGAAGUAUAUGUUGAUUCGAACGACAGUGUUACGUUUGACGACCUCCAGUAUCUCAGGGAUCGAGGACGGUAUGGAACAGAUGGUUCUGCCCAACUUGACACGACCCCUUUGAUUCCAACGUUGUCGCUGCGACCCAAAGGCCCAGGAGGUGAACAGAACAAUACACAAUAUAGGAAACAACUGACUGCUCACAGAAAAAUGGCAAUGUAUCAGGCUUCCAAAGAUCCUCUUUUGCAGAACAGGGCAAUGAGUUUGCAACCGCAAGGUAUGAACCCUCAAAAUCAAGUUUAUUCACAGACACCUGUUGGUUAUCCUGCUCCUGGUUCUUUUAACGGUUCUAACUUAACAGACUCUAGGGGUAUAUCGUUUCAAGGACCAGAACCUCGAUCAAUGUCUUUUCAAACUGGUCCCUAUCAACAAGAUCCCCGCUACGUGUCGCACCAGUCAAGCUCGUAUCAGCAAGACCCUAGGUCUAUGUCGUUUCAAGGAGGUUCCUACCAGCAAGAUCCCAGAUCAAUGUCGUUUCAAGGAAGUCCCUACCAACAAGAUCCCCGGUCUAUGUCUUUCCAAGGAGGUUCUUACCAACAGGAUCCUCGUUCGAUGUCGUUCAAGGGACCUGCUGGUGAUCCAAGAAUGGCUUCUUUCAGCGGGGCUCAUCCUUCGAGGCCAAUAUAUGGGCGCCCACCACAAUCACAGCAGCUUCCUCCUAGAGCAUAUUCGUUAGUGAACGGAGGACCCUCAAAUAUGCGACCAAGGCCUCCUUUUAAUAGCUCAGAUAGACUUUCAAAUUCAAGUUCGGACAGAAUAUCAAAAACCCAAGGACAGCCGUCACAGAAUUCUGUGGAGCCCUCUACCCUGUCUACCGAAACUGCACCUCCGCCAAGGCUUCGAAAACUCAAUGCUUAUGACUUUGAUGAAGAAGAUGAUGACAAUGAUGACAAUGAUGACAACGAAGACAACAAUCAAGAGGAAAAUGAGGAUGGAGAGAGAGAAAACGACAUAGAGGAGAGGGCAGGAGAAGCAGAAGAUGAUCUAAACGAGAAACAUAAUGAAGAACAAGACAGUUUACCAUACGAAGAAAAAGAUGCUGAGACCAAGAACGAACAACCUGAUAAUGUAUUUGAUUACAGGCCCUCUUCUUCUGUGAUAGAUUCAUCUUCCUCCAAUAAGAGGUCUUCUCUUGCCGGUGCACCAAUAAAUCAUACGCACCUACGAACAGUACCCCUCAACACUUCUACCGAGCAAAAUCUCCCGAUAUCGAAUGUGAAUCGUAUUUCAAGAGAAAAUCCGGGAAGAUCCCAAAAUAAUGGAUUUGUUCUUUCUGGAAACUCGUUGAUUAGUUCUUUAGACACAUCACCAGACAGAAGUAAACAAGUCAACACGACGAAUACACGCAAUAGCCAACAACUAUAUCAUAUGGCACAGCACAACCAAACAAACGAUACAAAUAUGACAUAUUUUACCGCUUCCGAAUUCACUUCCCCCGUGUAUCGCAAAUCUGUUGUGAAAGAGGCGGACAGUACUAUCGAUGUUACAUCUGCGGGAACUAAUACUGAAGGUAACGACUCAACCGUGCUGCCAGAAACACCUACAAAACUGAAUGCUAACAAAGCAGAUUUGUUUUCAUUAAGAGCAGACACAACGGAGAAUUCGGUUCCUAGAAGACGAGUACCACCCCCCUCUUCAGUAUCACCGACCCAGAAAAAUGAAAGAAGAAAAUCCAUUUCUUCAUCUAAUUCAGCCUCAGGUCACCCCAAAGGUAAGGCUUUAUUUUCCAAAUUAGGAUUCAAGAAUAAAAAAGAAUCAAAUUCUCCAAAAUUCUUUUCUAGAUUCAGGUUUAACAGAAGGUCUUCAAAAGAUAGUGAUACCAGGUUUAAUAAUGAUGAUAUAUUUGUUGACGAUCCAUCGUAUGUUGGAUCGGGUCAAGGAAAACCUGCUGUGCCUAACAACAAUGUUGGCGAUUUCCAGCAACCAAGGCAAUUUGAAAGUGAUGAUAGGUCGUUGAAUCCUUCCCAUGUCUCUCAAAGCACCAAUUCUCCUUCUUUCAUUCAAGCCAAAGAAGACGUACUGAAAACAUACAAUGCACCAGUCGUUGAAAAUGAAGUACGCUUUGGGAAUGAACAUAAAUUCAACGUUUUUGAACCACUGGCUGAUACAAAGACAAGUGAAAGUGAUUUUAACGAACAGAUAUCAGAUCAUAAAAAUGAGCUAUCUCCGGUCACCACAAAUUCUUCUCCUACUGUUAAUGCCAAGGAUCCGCUCAAAGAAACUCUUAGCCACCUUAGUGUUAAUGAACUUUCUAAGUAUGAGUUCACCUCUAGUCAAGUUGGAAUGAUUCAUGCAAACAGUGACCUUCUAGAUGAGUUGCAAAUCGUAUCUAAGGAGCUGGCUGAAUCCAUUAAUCGAGAGUAUGGCUUGCCAUUGGAUGCAACUGAAGCUAGGGUUAUUGAGCAAUCCAAGUAUAUUGCCGAUCUAUCCAAGAAGCUCAACGUGGAGAGAAAGAAAAGAUUCAUUGCAGAAGAGCAAGUUUUGGCUUGGGAAAAGGGAUCAAAUCCUUCAGCUCUUGGUUUGUCUUACAAGAAUCAAGAGCACACCAAUACAAUUGUUGAGAAAGAUCAGUUGAUUGAGAAGUACAAAACAAAAUUAGAUGAGUAUGAAGCGGAUCUCGCUAGAUCCCGUGAAAAGAUUAAAUCAUUGAAAGAGAAGAAUGAUGAAUACGCUACAGUCAUCAUUCCUGAAUUGGAAAACAAAAUUCAAGUCAAUGAGCGACAAAAUUAUGAUGAUGCUUUGCAAAGAGAUCUAGAGAGGUUGAAACUCGAGAAUGACUACUUGAAGGAAACAAUGGAUAAGCUCACCACCAGAAAGGUUUUCACAUAG